GAAAGAAAUCAUCUAACCAUGGAGCUGGACAUUAACAACUGGAAGAAUUUCUGGGAAACAUGGGAUAUCAGGGGAUUUAUCAUCUUGUCUCUCUCUCUUCAAGCUCUUCUAAUCUUAUUCGGGCCCUUGCGGAAGAGUACUGCAAGAGGAUUCAUCCUCAUCCUUCUCUGGCUCGCCUACUUGAUGGCCGACGCUGUAGCCAUCUUCGUCGUUGGACUCAUCUUCAAGAGCCAACAACGCAAGGAGGAUGACCUUUCCGUUCACCCAUGCCCUUGUGACAAUGCCUAUCUUCUCGCGUUAUGGUCGCCUUUCCUCUUAGUCCACCUCGGCGGCCCGGACACCAUUACUGCCUUCGCACUUGAAGACAACGAGCUCUGGCUUCGCCACCUUCUUCAGUUGCUAGUCCAGUCGGGCACUACGGCUUACGUCUUCAUCCUCACCCUCUCGACAAACAAGUUUUGGCUUCCCACCCUCCUGACGUUUCUCGCGGGGCUCAUCAAAUACUCGGAGCGAACGCGUUCUCUGUACCUCGCCAGCACUAGGAGAUUCAAGAAGAGUUUUCUCACUGACCCCGAUGCUGGCCCCAAUUAUGCCAAGCUCAUGGACGAGUACUCUUCCAAGAAAAGUGCAGAUCUCCCCACCAGAGUAGACUUGAACGAGGAGCCAGUUAGGGCUAUCCAAAUCGGUAAUGAAGGGGAUAAAAGGGAUUUAUCUGAUAUUGAAGUGAUCAAGCAUGCUUAUAUGUUCUGCCAGACCUUCAAAGGCCUUAUUGCCGAUCUCAUUUUUAGUUUCCGCGACCGUAACUUGAGCCGAGGCUUCUUCCUGAAUAGGACUGCCAAGGAUGCCUUCAAAAUAGUGGAGGUGGAGCUCAAUUUCCUCUAUGAAAUUCUCUACACCAAGGUUGUGGUGAUCCAAGGCCUGGUCGGAUAUUGUCUCCGAUUUAUCUCCUUCUGUUCAGUUGUGGUGGCAUUUUCAUUGUUCGCUUCCAAGGAAAAGAAGGAGCUUCAUCCAAUUGAUAUUAGAAUUACCUAUGCUUUGUUUAUCGGUGGAAUUUCUCUUGACAUUACAGCUUUCUUUAUGUUGAUUUUGUCUGAUUCAACUGCUGUUGCACUCACCAAAUCAGAGUAUCCAUCUUGGAUCAUUAGAAUUCUGGCCAAACUCCUUUUUGUCAAGAGGCAAAGGUGGGUUGUUGAAGACACAUCAAAGCCUUAUCCCUUUCGUUUGAAGUUGGUUCUACCUCUCCUCCACGGGAGAUGGUCUGAAUGCAUCUCUCAAUACAACCUGAUCCAUUACUGUCUGCACACCCGUUCUGAAAGGAUGGAAAAGGUCAUCGACGCUUUGGGCCUCACUGAUAUUCUAGACGGCUUGAAGUACGUGAACACGAAGAGAUUUGACACAAGACUGAGAGACUUCAUCUUCGAAGAGUUGAGAUUGAAGUCUGUCAUGGCCAAAGAUGUAAGGGUUGCCAGGCAGAUAGCUUCGGCCAGGGGCGAAUGGGUUCUUGGCACCGAAGAUUGUGAUGCCUUGCUUCCAUAUGUUCUUGACGUUAAUUAUGAUGAUAGUCUAAUAGUGUGGCACAUUGCUACCGAGCUAUUAUAUGGUACUGAUAGAGGCAACGAUGGCAACAAGGAUCUUCGUGAAUUCUCUAAGCUCUUGUCGGAUUACAUGUUUUAUCUCCUGAUUAUGCAGCCAAAUUUGAUGCCUGCAGCAGCAAGUAUCUCGCAAAAAAGAUUCAGGGAUACCUGUGCGGAGGCCAAGGAUUUCUUUCUUGGGAAGCAAAAGAGAAAAAACAAAUCCUCCUUUUGUAUCCCUUGUGUGGAUAAAUGCUUCUUCUGCUCUAGGAAAUCAGAGAACGAACAGAAACAAAGCCCAUUUAGUCAAAGUGCACCUGGUUCCGGUUCUUGUCGAGAGAUCUUUUGUUGCUUCUUGAAAUGGGGUAGCAACGAGAAAAAAGGAUUGGAUUUUGAACACACAGAAGCCUGCAAGUCCAUCCUUGCUGUUAAUACAGAACUUAGACCAGUUGAAGUCAAGGGAGACAAAAGCAAAUCAGUAUUGUUUGAUGGAAGCAUACUGGCCAAGGAGCUGAAUAAGUUAGAAGAGAACCAGGGAAAAGACAAAUGGGAGAUAAUGAGCAAAGUGUGGGUUGAGUUGAUGUCUUACGCAGCUUGUCAUUGCAGAGCCAGCACUCAUGCUGCCCAACUUUGUAAAGGUGGGCAACUCAUCACUGUGGUGUGGCUGUUGAUGGCUCAUUUAGGCUUAGGGGUGCAGUUUGAGCUCAAUGAAGGCAACCAAAAACUGAAUGCACGCUAGUACGUAGUAGGCAUAUGACUGAACUGCCAAAGUCUUAUGUCUUCCUCUAUCGCUGUGGGCAAGACAUUGUGAAGGAUAGAUGGGGGA